GCAUGGCUACUACAUUAUCUUGUGUGAAGGCAGGAAGUACUGAUUUCUUCGUUAGAUUUCGGCUGAGUUUGAAUUGGAAAUAAUAGUUUUUUGUGUAAUAUGGUGUGGUAUUGGAUACCAAUAUUACCCUUAUAAUUUUCUUGAUGAUAAUCGGAGUUGAUAUAUAUCUUUCAUUAUUUUUGUGGAAUCGAAGUUUGCGAUAGUUAGCAAUGCAUUUGAAAAAUCUGCUUUCUUUAUUGCAAAAACGUUUUUUGGCAACAUCGGCAACACUUUCUACCACUUCUGCUACUUCACAACCAAACCCAUCAUCAUCAUCAUUCACAGUUCAUUUCUUGGUAAACUCAUGUGGGCUUCCAUUGGAAGUCGCACUCUCUGCCUCCAAAACCAUCCAACUCGAUCGCAACAAUGCCCAGAAACCCCAAUCCCUGCUCAGUUUCUUAAAAUCUUACAAAUUCAACGAUACCCAGAUAGCCAAAUUGAUCUCAAAGCGUCCCUCCACCCUCCAAUCCAGGAUACAUAACAAUCUCGAGCCCAAAUUUCAGUUCUUGAUCGAAAAUGGCUUCGGCGGCGAGCUUCUUCCGAAGCUGAUCUUGUCGAAUACCGAAAUUCUGUCUCGGAGCUUGGGUUCCCACAUAAAACCAACCUACAAAUUGCUCAAGAAAUUCUUAAAAACCGAGGAGAGUGUUGUUGUUUCAGUGAAGCGAGCUUCAUGGCUUUUAACCAUGGAUGCUGAAGCUAAAUUGGUACCAAUUAUGGAGCUUUUCGUAAGAGAAGGAGUUCCUGAUGAGCGGGUGACCCACCUUCUGCUUUCUCAGCCCAGAACUUUCGUGCAAAACGUUGACAGAAUGGCUGUCUGCAUCAAAACCGUGAAGGAAUUUGGUUUCCAACCUGGUUAUUCAAUGUUCACAGAAGCUGUUCGAGUAAAGUCCUCAAUGAGCGAUUCAACAUGGAACAAGAAGGUGCAAGUUUUCAAGGAUUUGGGUUGGUCUGAACAAGAUAUUGCUUAUGCUUUUGUACGUUCUCCGAGGUUUUUAGCUUGUUCGGAGGAGAAGAUUCGGACAACCAUGGAUUUCUAUGUGAAUACUAUGAAGUUGGAGUUAAAGAAGAUAGUUUCUUUUCCAAAGUUGUUUAACUAUUCCAUUGAGACAAGAGUUCGUCCAAGGUACCGAGUUCUGAAGGUUUUGGUUUCUAAGGGGCUGAUUAAACAUGACAUCAAACCUGUUUGGGUGUUUCAACAAACUGAGACAAGAUUCUUGGACAACUUUGUUCUCAAGUAUGUUGGUGAUGUUCCAAAUUUGUUGGAAAUUUAUAAUGCUGCCGAAACAAAGGCAAUUUGAUGAUGAUGAUGAUAUUUGAUAGAACAAAGUUUUGAGUUUUUUUGAAAUUGUGGUAAUUUAAGAUUGGUUUUCUUUGCUAUGCAUGAUGAAACUAAACUAAACUAAACUUCUUUGUGCCUUUUCUUUUGGUCACAGGCCACAAUGCAUAUUUUAUGAGCUUUAUAUAA